AUGAAUGGCGAAACCAAGAAACUCUACAAAAUAGUACUGACCGGUGGGCCUUGUGGUGGCAAGACAACGGGACAGUCACGAUUAUGUUCAUUCUUUGAGAAUUUAGGAUGGAAGGUUUACAGAGUUCCAGAGACUGCUAAUGUUCUAUUAAGUGGAGGUAUCAAAUUUUCAGAAUUAAGUGACGAUCAAGUCCAAACAUUUCAAGAGAACCUUCUCAGAUGUAUGUUACAAUUAGAAGAUACAUAUUUUGAACUGGGUAAAUCAUGCGACCAAAACUGUCUAAUCAUUUGUGACAGAGGUGCUAUGGAUGCUGCCGCAUAUAUAUCUAGUGACAAAUGGGAUAUGAUAAUGGAAAAAAACGGCUUCAACAUGGUUGAUUUGAGAGACAAUCGUUACAAUCAAAUAAUUCACAUGGUGUCUGCUGCAUGCGGGGCUGAAGACUUUUAUACAAUCGAGAAUCAUUCGAGCAGGACUGAGGAUAUAAAUCUAGCCAAAAGUCUAGACGUCAAAGCGUCAGCAUCCUGGAUUGGACACCCAUACUUCAAUGUCAUUGAUAAUUCAUCAGAUUUUGAAAAUAAAAUGUGCAGAAUGAUAGCUACCGUUUGUCAGAAUUUGGGCAUAGAUACUAUCGAUAGAUUAGCACCAAACUCAAAAAAACGUAAAUGGCUAGUGAAGUAUCUGCCUAAUGAUGAGUUGUUCCCUCCAUUUCAAGAUUUUAUGGUCGUACACAAAUAUUUGCAAACAUAUACCAACAAUAUGCAAGCUCGCUUACGAAAACGAGGACAAAAAGGGCAUUGGAAUUAUACACAUACGAUUCGUAAGCCUAAAGUCCAAGGUCAAGUAAUAGAAGUGAAAAGGCAGCUCAGUCGUAGGACCUAUUUAAAUAUGUUGCCACUUGUAGAUGAAACCCACUAUCCAAUUUAUAAAAAAAGGCGAUGCUUUAUACACUGCAAUCAGUAUUAUCAGUUGGACAUUUAUUGUAAACCUUGUCAUAAAAGGUGUGAAGGAUUAAUAUUACUUGAGACAUAUUCCAUUCUUGAGGGCCAAGAGCUUCUUGAUCGUUUGCCUAAAUUCCUAGACAUUGAAGCUGAGGUUACGGGUAACGCAGAGUAUUCAAUGUUCAAUUUGUCACUUGUUGAAGAUUGGGAUAAGUCAAACAAUUUUUGUCAUUAUGUAUUGUUUUUAGGACCAGAUGAUGAAUACCUGAAUGUAGGCGAUCAUAAAAACAACCAAGUUAGUUACAUUCAUACAAAUUAA